AAUGCCUCUCUCUCUCUCUCAUCAAAUUAUUAAAAAGAAAAGGCGAGAAAUUACACAUUAGUACUUGCGAUUUAGUUAGUUGCCAGUAAUUCAAAGUGUGAGAGACUCUUUUCAUGACAUGACACUAAUUAAUUAGAAAGAAAAACUCAUGCAAAAGAAGUGAAAUCUGAUAUCCCCAAAAUCUAAUUACGCCAAAUCAUAUCUAAACAAAACAAAACCUAUUUCCUCUCCUCACAUUCAAAGCUUCUCGCAGCUUUGUCUCCCCCUCCCAACAAAUCCUGCGUGACUGUCUUUAUCGUUGUCUGUAUAAAUAUAAUAGAUUCGCAAUCCUCCAAUUUCAUCUUCACCUUUUCCCCCUUUCUCGCUCUAUCCGCAAUGGAGAAAUUCGCCGUCUUCUUCGCGUUUUUCUCCGUUUUCGCGGCCUCCGCGCUCUCCAGAACACUCCCGAUCAGCUCCAACCCCAAUUUCCUCGAUGUUUCUGCCACCAUUUCCAAGACUCAGGGCUUGUUCUCGCAUAAUUCCAAAAGCGUACUACCCUCAAUGCGCGAGGUACACCACGGGCGGCCGGCGGUUUCUUCCCAUUCCGCCCUCAGUUUCGACCUCCACCCGCGGUUGUCAGUCCGCGGAACAUCGGAGAAGAACUACAAGACACUCACGCUGGCCCGGCUCGCUCGCGACUCGGCCCGAGUCAAGGCGAUUCAGACUCGGCUAGAUCUGGUGAGGCUGGGCAUUGUGAAAGCAGAUCUGACACCUCUGGAGGCGGAGGUGGAGACGGAGAAGCUGGAGGGGCCGGUGAUCUCCGGCACGAGCCAGGGAAGCGGCGAGUACUUCAGCCGCGUGGGAGUGGGGAACCCGCCGACGCAGGCGUACAUGGUGCUUGAUACCGGGAGUGACGUCAACUGGGUGCAAUGCGCACCCUGCGCAGACUGUUACCAGCAGGCCGACCCGAUUUUCGACCCGGGGCUAUCCUCCACCUUCACGCCGCUCACGUGCGACACGCAGCAAUGCAGGUCGCUCGACGUCUCUGAGUGCCGCAACGACACCUGUCUCUACGAGGUCUCCUACGGCGACGGCUCAUACACCGUCGGCGACUUCGUCACGGAGACCGUCACCUUCGGCGGCUCUCAGGCCGUCGACAACAUUGCCAUUGGCUGCGGCCACACCAACGAGGGCCUAUUCGUCGGUGCCGCGGGCCUAAUCGGCCUCGGCGGCGGCAAGCUGUCCUUCCCCUCGCAGAUCAACGCCACCUCCUUCUCAUACUGCCUCGUCGACCGCGACUCAGACUCCGCCUCCACGCUGGAUUUCAACGCGGCGGCGCCUCCGGGCGCUGUCACGGCGCCGCUGGUCCGCAAUUCUAAGCUAGACACGUUCUACUACUUGGAUUUGUCCGGAAUCAGCGUCUCCGGCGAGCUGCUGCCUAUCUCUCCGUCUACGUUCAAGCUGAACGAGGACAGCGGCAACGGCGGCGUGAUAGUGGACUCCGGCACGGCCGUGACGCGGCUGCAGACGGAGGCGUACAAUGCGAUGCGCGACGCGUUCAAAAGGGGGACGGGGCACCUGCCGGCGGCGGAUGGCGUGGCGCUGUUCGACACUUGCUACAAUCUGAGCUCGAAGAAGAGCGUGGAGGUGCCAACGGUGUCGUUUCACUUCUCGAACGGGAAGGAGCUGGGUUUACCGGCUAAGAACUACAUGAUACCGGUUGACUCGUCGGGGACCUUCUGCUUCGCCUUCGCACCGACGUCGUCUGCACUUGGCAUUAUUGGGAAUGUUCAGCAGCAGGGGACACGUGUCAGUUACGAUCUCGCUAAUUCUCUGAUUGCCUUCUCUCCCAAUAAAUGCUGAGAAAUUUUAGAUUUUAAUUUUAAUUACUAGUUGGUUAUUUAAAUUUUUGCUCUCUUUUUCCCUUGUUUAUCUGUUUGUCUAAUGAAUUAAACUAGUUUUGUGAGUGAGUGAGUGAGUGUGGGCCGGGCCUUAAUAACUGUAAGCCCAUGGGCUGGGCCCACACGGUGGUUGUGUGUAAUUAUUGCAAUUUAGUAGUGUUCUUGUAUAGGAGUAAAGUUCAGUGCAACAGCUUUGUUGUGAGGGGUAUUAAUGGAAAACUCUCAAAAGAUUACUAGCA